UCCGGUUCGAGCUUGCAGAGCCUCUCUGUUGUUUUUUUUAAUUGUAUUUUCUUCAUCCUGGUGUUGGAACAUAUGUGAGCUAAAUGGAUUCACAAGAGGCAGACUGGACAGUUCUGGUUCUUACCUGUCAGCAUAAAGAUAGUGUCUGUGCUUUUCAAAGAGAACUUGAGAUAAGGCAGCGGCGUGGUGUGCUGCCCCCUGGAGCUCUUCUCUUGACUGUUGAGGAUCCUCAGGCUCAUGUUGGAAGUGGCGGUGCAACCCUAAACGCACUUUUGGUAGCUGCGGAACAUUUGAGUGCCAAGGCCGGUUACACAGUAGUUUCAUUAGAUGUCUUGCAGGGGGCACGCUUGUUAAUAUUGCACAUGGGUCGUGACUUUCUGUUUGAUGACUGUGGUAGGGGUUUUACCAUACUUCCUGUUGAAGAUCCUCGACAGCCUGUUGAAGCCUUGACCUGCAACUUGGACAGUUUGCUGGAUACUUUGAAAUACCAGCUGUGCCCUGGCUCCCCUCCAGGUGUGUGGAUCUGCAGUACUGACAUGGUAUUGACUGUUCCCACAAAACCAAGUGUAGAUUGGAAUAUGUUUAGUGGUGCCCUAGUAGUCUCUGUGCCAGGAACUCCUGCCUAUGCCAAAAAUCAUGGAGUUUAUCUGACUAAUAAAGAGGGUUUAGUUAGAGACAUUGUCUAUUGUGGCUCAGAAGAAAGAAUUCAGCAGUGUAUCAUUGGAGAUCAGAAGGUCCCUCUGGUAUCUGGAAUUGUGUUCCUUUCUUCAGAUACAGCUGAACGUUUUCUUAGCACCCAUGUGUCCCCUCCCUUGGAUGGCUGCACCUACCUAGGACUAGAUUCUGGAGCUGAACCUUUAGAGGUGUCCCUUUUCCUGGAUGUGCUCUUGGCUAUGGCUCAGGAUGUCAAUAAGGAGGAUUUUCUUAAAGGGGCUCCUGCUCUCGGCAUUGUGCCCAGAGACCCUGAUAGGACAAGAGGUGCUCGUGCCCUCCUCUGGAAAGAGCUACAUGAUCUCCCACUAACCAUGGUUUACAUAGAAGAUGGUUGUUAUGAAUAUAUGACAUUAAGCCCUCGGGAUCAUAUCAGAAACCUGACCAAGGCAGCAUCAGGAAAGCACCCCUGCAGCAAAAUAGCACAUUCCUUUGUUACGCAUCCUCUGCUAAUAGAAGAUGGCAGUUCAGUGGUGAACAGUCGGCUGAAUGGAGAAAUAUUUGUCAGUUCGGACAGCGUGAUACAGAACUGCGAUUUGGAGGGUCCCCUGUUUGUGGGAAGCGGAUGUUUACUGACUGGCAUUGACCAGGAAGCUGCAUCAGAGUUGAGAGGGCACCGGCUGAAUGAUGUCAUACUGCAAGCUCAUCCCAUUCGUGUGCAGCAGCUUUCCCUUACUGUGUAUAGUCUCCUGGGUACAGAUGAUCAACUGCAGUGUUUUCAUGAUGGUAGUUCAGGCACUUAUCUUGGUCUUUCCUGGGAGGAGUUCUUCCAUGGAACUGGAAUAUGCGACAAUGACCUGUGGGGACUUGGUACACAUGCAAAUGAACACAGUUUAUUAAGUGCUCCCCUUUUUCCUGUACUUCACCCUUCUGAACCCUUAAGGGUCAGAGAUGUACUAUGGUUUUUGGGUUCAAAGAAGGGCAGUGGAGAUCUUGAAAGUCAGCUACAGCGGUGGCGCAGCUCCUGGCGCAUGUCUUGGCAAGAGCUGCGCCAGUACCGGGACCAGGAGAAAACUCUGCAAAACCGCAGGCAGACAUUUUUCAGACAGGCAGAGGCCAAACUGCAGAAAGCUUUACUGAACAGGGAGGAGCGAAGCCUUCUACCUAUCAUCAGGGCAGCAGUGCAGGAAAGAAGCCAUGAACUUCUGCUUACUACUCUGGACCAUGUGGCAUCAGUGGCUGAAGAUCCAGGAAUAGCAGCUCGAGCACUUGCAUGUGUGGCUGACGUCCUGGGCUGCAUGGCAGGAGGAGAAGGGGGGCUAAGAAGUGGGCCAGCAGGUAACAAGGCCUGGUCUUUUGGUUACCAACUUCUGGAGAAAGGAGACAUUGCCAAAGGUGUCCAACAGCUGGCUCUGGAACGUGAGAAAUGGCUUGGCAGACCAGCCCUCCUACUACGAGCAGCUCGUCAUUAUGAAGGGGCAGAGCAAAUCUUAAUCCGGCGGGCUGUUAUGUCAUCUUGUCAGUUUGUUUCCAUUUCCCAGAAAGAGCUGCCAGCUAUGGGUCAUUGGCUGUCUGCUGAAUGUCCCGCUCGCAUUGAUAUGUCUGGUGGCUGGAGUGACACCCCUCCAAUUACAUAUGAGCAUGGUGGUGCAGUGGUGAAUGUGGCUGUGCUAGUGGAUGGCCAAAGACCCAUUGGUGCUCGUGCAAGGAGAAUCCAGCAACUGGAAUUGCGUCUGUGUAGUGACAGUGGCCCACCGGGGACAGAGUUGCACACUCAGCUGACAUGCCUUAACCUCUCUGACCUGCAAGAUUACUGCCAACCCCAUGCCCCAGGGGCACUGCUAAAGGCAGCUUUCAUCUGCUCUGAGACUUUAAACCUUAACUCUCAAGAUACUUUGCAAGAUCAGCUUUAUAAGACGUAUGGGGGAGGCUUUGAGUUGCACACCUGGUCCCAGCUGCCUCAUGGAUCUGGCAUGGGCACAAGCAGCAUCCUGGCUGGAGCAGUAAUGGCUGUGCUGUACAGAGCAUCUGGAAGGUCCGCAGAUGCUGAAUCUCUUAUUCAUGCAGUGUUACACCUGGAACAAGUUCUUACCACAGGUGGAGGUUGGCAGGACCAAGUUGGAGGCUUGAUCCCUGGAGUGAAAAUGGGGUUUUCAGCUCCAGAGUUACCUCUGAGAGUACAGGUGGAACACAUUGCACUGCCUGAUGGCUUUCUGCAAACUUUAAACCAGCACAUCUUCCUGGUGUACACUGGAAAGACACGCCUAGCACGCAACCUUCUGCAGGAUGUAUUGAGAAAUUGGUAUGCCCGCCUCCCAGACAUUGUUCACAAUACAGACGAGCUAGUGAGUAAUGCAAAGCAAUGCGCUACGGCCUUCAGAACUGGGGACCUGCCACUACUUGGACAAUGCUUGAGCCGAUACUGGCAGCAGAAGAAGUUCAUGGCACCAGGCUGUGAACCAUUAGCAGUGAGAAAGAUAAUGGAUGUCUUAGAACCAUAUGUAUAUGGGCAGAGUCUAGCUGGAGCUGGAGGAGGCGGCUUUCUGUAUAUUCUAACAAAAGAACCUGGACAGAGAGAUGUACUUCAGAAGUUGUUGGAGCGCACUCGUGGCCUGGAGAGAUGCAGUGUACACACAGUACAGCUAGAUACGGAGAAUUUCACAGUGCAUUUGGAUGAGGGGGAAAGUCCAUAAGAGAAAGAUCUGCCUGAAGAACCUUCAGAAAGACUGGAGUACAAAUGUGUAAUUCUCAGUAGAUCGCACUCUACUCUGAAGACCACUCUAUUGACUUAUUUUGGGGUAGCGGGAAGCUCUGCCAGAUUUGUAAGAUCAAACGAAUGAACUGGUGGAGGGUUGUAAUAUAUAGUUAUAAAUAUUUUUAAUAGAUGAAAGCAUUUGAUUUGUGUCUACCGCUGAUCAUGGUUGUAUUGCCAAUUAAAUUCAGUUUAUAUUUGUUCCCACCUGGUAACGGUCUUGUUUUUCCUACAUAGAAUUAUGAAUUACAUAGACUAUAGUGCAAGCUAGUAAAUAAAACCGCUGAUUUAUACCA